UCUCUCUCCCCCUCAGAUCGCUGCUGUCUCUCCUAGAAGGAGGACGGACUGAGAGACUGUCGAUUCUGGAUUUUAUUACCCGAAGGAGGCCGGAAUGCUCCGCUGAUCUCCCCUAUUUUCUCUGACUCCCACCUGGACUCCCUCUUCUCCUCUUCACCGCCUCCAUUGUUCCUCUCCCUCACUUCACUUUCGAGACUCAUCCAAACGCAUUUUUAUAUUUUUUUUGUAGAAUCUCUCUUUUUUUUUCUUUGCUCCUGCGUUCUUCUUAUUAUUAUUUUUUUUCCCUUUACCUCCAUGAGCGCAAAAAAAAUCUGAACAAUUAACUCCGGACAUACAGUCAGUGGAUGUGUUGAACAUCUGGUUAAAGAAGAAAUAAAAACAAACCCAAGGAUAUUUUCCACUUUCAAGGCGAUUCUGUGCAGAGAACGUCUCUCACCCAGCAAAGACUGAAGAGCUAAAGGUCCUUCAAGGAAAGACGAAGCAACGCAAAGGGGAAGUGACAAGUUGGAGGAAGACUGUCAGCAGAGUUUAGAGUGGUGAUGAGUAUUUGCAGAAGCAAACUCCCUCCCAGCAUAUGAGCAACAAAUCUCUUUAUUAACAUCUUGCCUCAGAGUGAGCAGAGCUCCACUGAGAGGAGGCACAAAGUUGGAGAGUGAAGUGCACAGCUCCUGUUGUUGGCCAAGAUGGCAGCCCUGAUAGAAAAGCAGCAGGGCUUGGGGCUGCUGAGGGUCCUCCUGGUGUUGCUGGGGAUUUCAGUGCUUUGCAGCGUUGCAUUAGGAACCAGGAAAGGGCAUGCUUCUCUUGACCACAGGAGCCACAGACACAGACAUCCAGGUCACUUAUCCCUGCAUAGACUUAGACAGAGGACAGGAAAGGAAGGCCAGGUACUACACCGGUCCAAACGAGGUUGGGUGUGGAAUCAGUUCUUUGUUAUUGAGGAAUACACCGGUCCUGACCCAGUGCUGGUGGGGAGGCUCCACUCAGAUGUUGAUAAAGGCGAUGGUACUAUCAAAUACAUCCUGUCUGGGGAAGGCGCUGGAACAAUAUUCGUCAUUGAUGACAAGACGGGGAACAUACAUGCCACAAAAACGCUGGACCGAGAGGAGCAGGCCCAGUAUACCCUAACAGCGCAAGCUGUUGCCCGAGACACCAAUGAGCCAUUGGAACCUCCAUCAGAAUUCAUAGUGAAAGUUCAGGAUAUCAACGACAAUCCACCUGAGUUCCUCCAUGGUCCAUACUACGCCAGGGUGCCUGAGAUGUCCAAUGUUGGUACAUCAGUGAUGCAGGUGACAGCUACGGAUGCUGACGACCCCACCUAUGGCAACAGUGCACGACUGGUGUACAGCAUUCUGAAAGGACAGCCCUACUUUUCUGUGGAACCUCAAACAGGCAUAAUCCGCACCGCCUUGCCAAACAUGGACCGUGAGGCACGUCAGGAAUAUGACGUUGUCAUCCAGGCAAAAGAUAUGGGCGGUCACAUGGGAGGCCUGUCAGGAACCACUGAGGUCAAAAUCACCCUCACAGAUGUUAAUGACAACCCUCCAAAGUUCCCGCAAAGUGUGUAUUCCAUGUCAGUGUCAGAGGACAAGGUGCCGGGAGAGGAGGUUGGCCGCCUUAAGGCCAAAGACCCUGAUCUUGAAGACAACGGACUUGUUAACUACCGCCUCAUCGAUGGAGAUGGAAUGAGCAUGUUUGAACUGUCAACCGACUCAGAGACCCGAGAGGCUGUAAUCAAAAUCAAGAAGCAAGUGGACUUUGAGACAAAGAGGUCAUACUCUUUAAAGGUGGAGGGGUCCAACCCAUACAUAGAUUCUCGAUUUCUUGCUUGGGGACCUUACAAGGAUGAGGCCACAAUUAAGAUAUCUGUGGAGGAUGCAGAUGAGCCUCCUGUUUUCACAGCUCCCAGUUACACUUUUGUGGUGGAGGAGAAUGCCCCUCAGGGCACCCGGGUGGGACAAGUUCAUGCCAAGGACACUGAUGUUGCCAACAACCCUGUCAGAUACAUGAUUCCUCGGUACACGGACGUUGAGCAGUUUUUCAGCAUUUCAGAAGAUGGAAUGAUCACCACCACCAGACCACUGGACAGAGAGACGCAGCCGUGGCACAAUAUUUCUGUUUCGGCUACAGAGAUUGGAGGUCACCACCAAGACACCAAAGUGCGAGUUAACAUCAUAGUGAAAGACGUAAAUGACAACCCUCCAGAGUUUGCCACCAACAACGAAGUCCUUAUGUGUGAAACUGCGGAACCAGGGAAGGUUAUAGAAACAGUCAGCGCAGUGGACAAAGACGAGAUGGUCCACAGACAACAUUUCACUUUCAGCCUUGCUCCCGAAGUUGCCAACAACCAAAAUUUCUCACUCAAAGAUAAUAGAGACAGCACAGCCAGCAUCUAUGUGCUCCGUAAAGGAUUCAGCCGUCUGACUCAGGAUGUCUACCACCUUCCCAUUGAAAUAAAUGACAAUGGCUCCCCCUCCAUGAGCAGCACCAACACCCUGACCAUUAGAGUCUGUUCCUGUGACAGCAAAGGCACUAUCCUUUCUUGUAAUGUGGAGCCUUACGUCUUGCCUGCUGGCCUCAGUACCGGUGCUCUGAUUGCAAUACUGGCCUGCAUUGUCAUUCUCCUUGCAAUCGUUGUGUUGUUUGUUGCACUAAGGCGUCAAAAGAAGGAUCCACUGAUAGUGUUUGAGGAGGAGGACAUCAGAGAAAACAUCAUCACAUAUGAUGAUGAGGGAGGCGGAGAGGAGGACACAGAGGCCUUUGACAUAGCUACACUGCAGAACCCAGACGGUGCAAAUGGUUUCCUGCCAAGGAAAGACAUCAAACCAGAACUUCAAUAUCCAAUUAGGCCUGGUAUUGGUCGCCCUGCACCCAACAGCGUUGAUGUUGAUGACUUCAUUAAGACACGGAUCACCGAAGCCGACAGCGACCCCACAGCACCGCCAUAUGACUCUAUUCAGAUCUAUGGCUACGAAGGGAGAGGAUCGCUGGCUUGCUCACUGAGCUCACUUGAGUCUGUCACAACAGAGUCCGACUUGGAUUAUGACUAUCUGCAGAGUUGGGGGCCAAGGUUUAGAAAGCUGGCAGAUUUAUAUGGGACAAAAGAACACUCCAUUCAUGAUGCGGAUGACAGUGAGGACUCUUAACAGCGGUCUUGUCCUGUGAUUUACUGAUUCCCUGAGGAUUUGUCUCCAAGGAUUGUUCACUCCAGUUUCCAGUUAUAAUUAGUUCAUGGCAUUCUGUCAAUAAACAUUAACAGUUUCUUACUUCUGUGUGGGGGCACCUUCUUGGGUGUUGUAGAAUGGUUUGUAAAUGGACGCUUUAAGAAUGCUCAAACUUGAACUACUCCCUUUCUUUUUUAAAUCUCCUAUGUCUCCUCUAUGGUUCUUUUUCCUCCAUUGUUUCUUUAAAUUUGAGCUUUGCAGGGCAUUGUCUUUUGAUGUGUUAACAGAGAAUGUGAUGGGAACAGUGUUACUAUAGUAUCUUGCAUUUGCAUAUACAGUACUUCUUUCAACUAGAUUAUUGUACUUCCUCAAUGGUCCCAGGGAUAUAUUUGAUUCCCUUGUCAGGUCUUUUAACAGUGGGGCACAUUUAAUUGUGUUUCAUUUGAAAUAACUGAGGCAGAGGAAGUUAAAAAGGUGUGUUUGGGUAUCUAGCAACAGCCUGCAGUGAAAUCAAAUGAGAGGAGGAUUCAGUGAACCUGAGCAAAAGGUACCAUAGAUUAGACAAGUUGACCGACUCUGGGUUGUUGAUACUCUGAAGAUGAGCAGAACAUCUUUACAGUAUGGUGGCCUUAUAAUAAUUUAACAACUCAAGAGGUUAACACAUAAAUCAAAGACUGAAGAUAGAAACAACACACA